AUACUUUGGUGUAAAUCUUUGGAAUUAUCAGUGUUUACAUUCUGUGGAAACCAAUGGUAUUAUUUAGAUACAAACAUAUGUCAGGAAUACAAUAACAAAUAUACAUUUGCUUUAAACAUAUCCUCACUGGAUUACAACAUUAAUACUUAUAUCAUACUGCCAGUCUUACCAUCACAGUUUUUAAGAAGAUUUUUCACAACAAUUUACAGCUACUUUAGCUAAUUAUGUGUAAAACAAAAACCAAAGUUUAAAAAACUAAAUGCUUUAGGAAAUAGAUUUCUUCUGUAUACAUUUUUGAAGCAAUCCAUUUGAACCAUGUUUUUCCCUAAAGUUUACACAUAAUAUAGUUUACAUGUGUGGAAUGGUUUUGUGCCUAUCAAACUCGUGGAAAGUUUGUAUUUCACAACACGGGGAAAUUCCUGGGAAGUUACAUCAUUUCAUGUAAUUGAAUGACUGAAUUCUGGUUAUAAGUAGAGACACCAGGCAAUGGGGGAGCUAGAUACAACAGCAGCAGAGCGCAGCAACAAGAACAAUAUUAAGACCAUCAUACAAGAAAAGACAAUGAACAGCAAAGUUACUCUUGCCGUCUUGACUCUCUUCGUACUUUAUGUGGUUUCUACAGAAGCUGCAUCUCUUAGACACGCAGCAGUGAGCUUGCGAUGCCAAUGCAUUAAAACAAACUCCAAAUUCAUCCAUCCAAACCACAUGGAGAAUAUUGAAAUCAUUCCAAGUGGUCCACAUUGUCCAACUGUUGAAAUCAUUGCAACCCUUAAAAGUGGUUCCCCAGUGUGUCUGAAUCCUAAUGCUGUUUGGGUGAAAAUGAUCAUAGAUAUCAUGACCAAUAGUUCCAAGAAGAAUAAAGCUCACUGAGAGAAGCCCAAAGACUUGACUGCCAAGAAUGUGACACAUAUUUAUGCUGAGACACUGUUCAACUGCAGGAAUUUGUUUAACCAUCAUGUUCAAGCCUGUUGUAGAUCUCAGCAAGUGACUGUAUGACUGAUGAAAAACAGUGUAUUUAUAAAUCAUUUCAACGUGGAGUUAGUCUACCUAGCCAAUCCUUGUUAUAUUUAUUUAAUUAUUAACUUAUUUAACAAUUUUAUUAUUGAAGAAUUGGAUGUGGUACCUCAAAAGCUUGUGGAGAUUCUUCAGUGCAGGGCUGAAAUAAUUCACAAUGAAAUGGAGUAGUGGUUGAAAUAAUAAGCAGCUACAUAAACCGUUCAUCCAGUGUGUUUUGCUAAUGCCCUGUCAGGAAUUCAGGACUUAGAUCUUCUCUUCACUAAGAGUUCAUUAAUCUGUAUCAUAACGCCAAGAGAUUAGAAAAUCUGCUGUUAAAUUGCUGGUCAGUUAAGAUGCUGCAAUUUUUAUCCUGUUAUCAUAUUGUCACAUGCUACAUGUUAAUAUAAGAUUCAGU